GAGAAAUUUUUAGAGAGAGAAAGAGAGUUUUUAGAGAGAGAAAGAGAGGUGGAGGCCUUUGAUUUGUGCGCAUAGAGAUUUGCAUGUGGAUAUAAAUAUGGCCAUCCCCCCUGCCAUCUUCACAUGGCCCUUUGUUGCAGAAGAUUGACUCAGCAGUUAAUGGUAGUUUGGAUUUAUACACCCAUUCACAAAAGAGACAAACAGUUUCUUCUCUCUCUUUCUCUUUCUCUUUCUUCCUCGUGGGUUUUUUUUUUUAUUUUCUCUGAUUUUUGAGGCAGAUUUUCUCUGGUUUCCUUUGAGUCUCUGUUUUCUCUUGAGGCGGUUUUUAUUGACUGUUUUUAGGAUUUGAGGUUGCCAUUUACUAUCUUGGGCUUCUCUCUUUCUCUAUAAAGGUUUUCAGUGUGGGCAGUGGGGGAAAAUUAGGUUUCAGGAUUUGGGUUGUUUUCAUUUCUCUUUCUCUCUCUUGGGUAUUUGAGUUUCUCUCUCUUUUGGGGAUUUUUGGAUUCUUGUCCUCUCUCUUUCGGUCGGCUUUCAGGUUCUUUCUUUCCCUCUCCUGGGGUCAAUUGGGGUUAUCUGGAUUUUGGGUUUUGGGGUGGUUUCCCUCUAGCUCUUGCCGCAAAUCUUAUUGCAAUGGAGGGAAAUGGUUCCAAGCCAGGAAAACCCAGGACCUCAAUCUCCGAAUUAUUCGACUCCAAGGACACGAAUUCACAGUCUGGGAUCUUUGGGGUCUACCGCCCUUCUUCUCACUCUUCCCCAUCAUUCCCAUCUUCGCAGGUGGGUGGGAAAGACUCGCACUCGGAGGCUUCCAUGUCAUGGAAGAAACAGGGUUCUGAGCAUUCAAGUGGGGAUUCGCCAUACACUCGUGAGAAUAGUUCUCGUGGUCAUGGAAGUGAAAGUCGAGCUCUUCCGGGCAAGGAUCAGAACCCAGGUCGUCAGGAUGAUCAUGGAGAACGCUGUGUUUUUAGUUCAUCGCUCUACUAUGGUGGUCGAGAUGUAUAUGCUCCCUCCCAGAAUGACCACACCUCUGGAGCUCCAAAGACUUAUAAGAAGGAUGGAGCAGAUGAUGAUCCUACUAUGGGUGGUUCUAGCGGUGCCUCAAGGGGAAAUUGGUGGCAAGGAUCUUUGUAUUACUGAGCCAUCGCCGCUAGAGAAGUAUAUGCUUGCUUCACUUGGGUGGGGCUUCCAUGCUACUUUGGAGUAGAGAAUAUCAAUACAGCAUAUAAGAACAGCUGACUAAAUCAAGCAAGCAUAAAGCUUGUUUUUUCAAGACUUAUAGAAGCAUCAUAUUAUGUUGUGCCUUAGCUACUUUUUUAACAUGGAACUGCUACAUGUAUCCAAAGAAUUUUAGUUUUGGAGAUACCGAGCUGUCAUAAUAGUGGCCUUACUAGACCAUGUAGGCCUUGAAGUUUUGACCCAAGGGACUUGUAAAGCAGUGGUUGUUUCUAAGUAUUCGUGAAUGUGUGGUUAGAGCCAAGUGCUUGUAUAUACAAUGAACUUUAUAUAAUAUAUGUGUGUGCGCGCACAUUUGUGUGUA